AUGCCCUUAAGAGACCUGCUCAAAAAGAAAGACAAGCUUGAUGGUGGCGCGUCGCUCUCACACCCGCUGCCACAGGCCAACGAGUUCACCUUUGUUCGUACAGACACCCACACCGAAGAAUACAUUGAACCUCCUGCAUUUGGCAACGAGUCAGAAGUUCCCCCAGUCGAGCCGAGGAGUCCUUCUGCGACAAGGCGAUCGUUUGGACGUUUCCGCAAGAGCCCAAGUCCUACCACCUCGGACACACCAUCCCCUGAGAAGGAAAGGAAAGAACACAGGAGGCUCUCUCAGCGUCUGCACCUGAGCAGAGAUCGUUCGGCCAGUACGAGUUCGGUCAACCUACCAUCCGACCUUCCCGAGCUUGGGGACACAUAUACAGAGUCGGGAGAUCGCCAGGAGAAAGAGGCGAAAUGGGAGGAACGUGCUACUCUGUUAGCUAGCAUAAAACCCUUGAUACCCCUCCAUCCGCCGACAGGAGAAGACUUACAGACCACCAAUCUGGGACCACCAGGGUCAACCCCAUCCCGUCCACGCAGCAUCAAUGAUCCGUACAGUGACCUCGACAUUCAGAAAGCCAUCCAGCUUCACGAGUCGGGCGAUCUCGAAGAAGCCACAGAAAUGUUCCACAGACUUGCGGAUGCUGGCAACGUCUUAUCUCAAGUCCUAUAUGGCCUGUCUCUGCGACAUGGGUGGGGAUGUCAGCCUGAUCCUGCCCGAGCAGUCACUUAUCUCUCUGCCGCGGCAUCCAAUUCCGCUACCAUCGAAUCAGAUGCCUUGAAGGCGGGUAUGAAGAAAGGAGGAGCGGCCAAGGGUGAACUUGUGCUUGCGAUCUUCGAAUUGGCCAACUGCUUUAGACACGGCUGGGGGGUGCCUGUUGAUAAACCCGCGGCACGACAAUACUAUGAGACCGCAGCCAAUCUCGGUGACACAGAUGCCAUGAAUGAAGCUGCCUGGUGUUAUCUUGAAGGGUUUGGGGGCAAAAAGGACAAGGUAAGCUACCACUACCACUACCAUCAUGAUCCCGUGCUGGGGGCUGCAACUCGUGCCUGGGAUAUUCACAUCGCAUCGCCGAUCUGGCCCAAUGCUUGA